AUAGCGCCACAUGGAGGCUGUUCUAAAGAAUAUGGACAGGACCGCGGCGCUACUCGCCUUGUCGCAGACUGGGGACAAACCCAGGACAGAGCCUUCCAAUGGACUCAGCGCGAACACCUCUACACAAGGUUCAGCACAAACCCAGCCAUCAUAGAGAUCUUGGAAAAACAACUACAGGCAACCAACGAAAGCUUACGAACAAUUUUUCAAGGAUACAUAGAUAUCACGUUCUCUGACCUGUCGCAGUGUCAACACUUGCUGCUCGUGGGGUAACAAAAUAAAUUGAAGGAUGCCACCCGAUCAUUGCACUGAGCUCAUUGAAAUCAAAAUCAGCAUGUAAAGUCUUGAGUGCCAUUCAUUUGAAACGCGGUACAUCAUUUCCUGGUCCUGAUGCUGACGUGAUGUGCAUGAUACGGAUAGAGAUGUUGGAUAUCCUACACUCCCUAGAGGACUGGCGGGUCCAAGGUGGACCUAGCAGAGAAGUUAUUGGACUCCAGCUUACAAACCUCGGGUGGAUUUGAAAACUUCUCUGGGGUCGUUGCUGCUGCUCUCCCGUCUAAGAAAAACAACAACAACAACAACAACAACAAUUACUCUAGCAUAUGUGUUCCAUGUUGCCCAUUGUUCUUUUGAUGGACCUCUCCCAGCGGUCUGUAAAGUUCAGGGUUGCCUACCGUGACAUGUUGAAAAAGUGGAGGCUCACAGUUGGAGUAUGACAUGGAUAAAGGAGAGUGGGUUCAAAUGUAUGCCACCAACGGGGUGUCUUUCAAGACACUGGCUGGCCAUUAUACAGCAGGUCACUACCAGGGGGCUUGUCUGUCACCGAAAGAGGGCGUUGAGAGAGAACUGACUACACCAAAGGUUGUGGAUGGGGACUUUGAUGUUAGAGGGCUAAGCUUAUGGACUGUCCCCCCUUUCUGA